AUGGUUUUCGUUCUGUGUUUUGAAUACGAGGAAGAGAUUAAUCAAAGAAUCAAGAGUCCUCUUUUACGCUCUUUAGGUUUUGAAGAUGGCGCUAAGGACUACGUGAAGGAAGAGGAUCUUGAUGCUGAGUCUCCCACCUCCAUCCUUGAAGAUGACACGCAGCCGCUGAAAAAUUCAACGACAGGCCACCUUGGGGGUUCUCUUGCUGGAUCUGGGUUUUCCUUGGCUUAUUCUCUUGUUCUGGGGUUGGUCUUGUAUGUUAUGCAUCAUAACCGAAAUGAAGAUGAGGACAAAUAUUUUUUUGGAACAAAAUUAGGAUGCAUCUUCGCUGUUUGAUCAUUUGUUUACGUUUUUUGGUCGCGAAUUUUAAAAAUUUUGUAGGGUUUGACUAUGAAAGGAUUUGCGGUUGGAGCUUAGAGCAUUUCUAUACUUAGUUUUAAUUUUAUUUUUUGUUUAAAUCUUACAAAAUAUCAUAUAAAUA